AUGGCCCAAAAGUCGGACUUAUCGGUCGAGACGAAUAAUUCCGCGUCGGUGAAGCCGAAUCCACCGUCCCCGAAGUCAAGACUUGCUAUGUUGAAACGAACUAAAAAAGGUGAGGAUUACUGUAGUUUGGUGAUUUCCGCGAAAUAUCGAAUAUUGUGGCGUGUACUACUUCUCUCCCCGCUAAUAGUUUCGUGAUCCACCAAGCAUAAAGUUUGACUUUUGUGUCUCUAACCUCUCAUCUCGCCCUCCGAUUCAUAUAUCGAUUUCUACGGAGUUGUGUGCUAUAAUAGACAGCAAUAAAAAUGAGUAAAGUGAUCGGACGCUCAUUCUCCAAAUCUUUCAAACAAAAAAACUCUGGUUAGAUCACAAACGUCGGAAUGAUGGAUCUUUUCAUUCGUCAAUAUUUUCAGCAUCAAAUGCAACCUCUGAUCCGUUCCGAUUCCAGAACAACGGAAUAUCCUAUAAGGUAAAUUUUAUCAGCAUCAAGAUUUAAAGUUUUUUUCCAGGGCAAGCUGAUUGGUGAACAAGACGUCGAGAAAGCCCGCGGUGAUGCGAUGUGUGCGGAAGCAAUGAGGAACGCGAAGGUAAAUAUCAUCCAUUCACAGAAGCGUUUACGCCAGUUGAGCGAUUUUUAUUUCCACGUGACCUUGGGGCGAGAGAGGAACUUUCUUCACAGAAACAUCAAGCUUCAUGUGGAAUGAAAGCAAUUUCAAAGUUUUGGGCGACAAGAGAAUAAAAACAAUAAUUGUUGAGACUACGCCGAGCCAGAACUGUCUCAUAUUAGAACUGUCCCGAAUCAGUCCCCGUCACAACAUUACUUUUUGUGACAAGAGAUUUGGAACAGUUCUAAUACGAGGCAGUUCUGAUUCGAACAGUUCUGAUUCGGGACACUUCUGAUUCGAACAGUUCUGAUUCGGGACACUUCUGGCUCUUCUGACCGUAGCCUCAUAAUUAUGCUCUUUAGGGAAUUGUAAAAGCGGCCGGAGCUCACAAAACGCGUAUAACCCUUCAAAUAAACAUUGAUGGAAUCAAGCUGGUGGAUGAAAAGAGCGGCGCUGUUCUUCACAACUUCCCUGUCUCAAGGAUCUCUUUCAUCGCGCGCGACUCUUCGGAUGCUCGCGCUUUCGGUCUUGUCUAUGGGGAACCUGGAGGAAAAUACAAGUUUUAUGGCAUCAAAACUGCUCAGUCGGCUGAUCAGGCUGUUCUGGCCAUCAGAGAUAUGUUUCAAGUCGUUUUCGAAAUGAAAAAGAAGCAUAUUGAACAAGUAAAGCAACAGCAGAACCAAUCUAUCGGAGCCGAGAUGAAUGUGAGCUUCAGAACGUCCAUCUACGGUUUGCAAUUGUUUGCUUUCAGCAGUCAAAGGAAAGUGGAGUUGCUGUUGCCGAUCUGCUGGAUUUGGAAUCAGAAUUGCAGCAAAUCGAACAAGGUGUUCAGCAACUCUCUACAGUGCCCACAAACUUCGACGCUUUUGGAGCAUCUCCAUUCGGAGAUCCGUUUGUAGAUAGUUUCAAUACAACUGCUACCUCUACCGGAACAUCACUCAACAUCUCGAACUUGUCGGCAAAUCAGUCGGCACAGAGAAAUUAUCAGUUUUCCGCAGUUCAACAUCCUGCACGAACUUAUGCGUGGCCUACUGACAAUGGAUCCACAAUGGCGGCUCCUACUAUUCCAUUCGAUGCCUGGCGUCAAGUUUCACAAGGAAUCGUGGCCACAACUCCGAUGCAUCACGCGCAAAGCACUCCUGCGUUCGGCUCCAAUGGAUUUUCAGACACCAACCCGUUUGCCGCUGCGUAUGGUGGACAUCCUACCCCAGCCACUGUCCCUGCUGCAACAUUCCAAGAUCCAUUCAUUGUUGGACUACGAGGAUCAGUCGACUGGAACGGAACUUCUGCAACCACCAAGGAAAACACGGCUCCAACGGUUGCUACCCAAUCGUUGCACCACGCGAGUACAUUUGCCAACUUUGGCGACAAGUGGGUUUUUGUAUAAUAUCGAUAAACUGUGACCAAGAAUCAGGUUUUUUAGAGUCGGUAGCUGGGAAGAAAAGAAGGUGUCUUCGCUGGAGGAAGCCUUCACGAAGCUCGUCGACAUGGAUGCGUUGGUCGGAGGUACUGCUGUCAAGGAAACCAAGAAAAAUCCAUUCGAACAUAUUUUGAACCCUCCGAAGGUGAGUAGACACUUCGGAAAACCUAGUCCUAGAUAUUUGAAUUACAGGCAUCUCUGAAUUCGCUUUCUACAACUUGUUCUGCGGCUCAAUUGGCUGCCACCCACCACGUUGUCCCUCAAACAGCGGAUCCAUUCGGUGAUGACUUCUUCCGAUAAAUGACUCUUCGCCAAGAAUAUCCUGUGCCAUAACCCUGUUCCUGCUCUGCAACAUGUUGAAUGAGUACCACCCCCUAGUUGUAUUUUUUCCUUUUCACUUCAGUUCCAACUUCACCCCGCACUCUAGACCGGUGAUUCUCACUUAAAAAACUAUUGAUCCAACCGUCUAAUUUCAUGUCUCCUUAUUUAGCAUUGCUAACGUCCUUGUCAACACCAACACAUCCCCCACCCCCAAAUAUCUUUUUGGUCGAAAUUAAUUAUUGAUUCUGUGACAUGGUUCCUUUAAAUUCAUACUCUCCCGCCUCUUAUUGAUUUCGGUUGCCUGCCAAUAAACUGCUUCCUGUAAAACAAGCUCAAAAAUAAAUGUUACCAGGAGACCAUUGUUUGUCCGAAACAGGACAGACUUUUCACACAUCUUCCUUUCCAUUCUUGUCUUUUGUUUCUGGCUCCUGUUUACACAGCGCUCUGCUCCUCUCACAGCUGUCCAUUUAGAUGAUCGGUCCGUCCGUCUUGUUUGCGUCUAUCCCUCAAUCAUUGUGCUGCCCGCUAUGCUUUCAGCCGAUAUCAUGAGGAAUAUUCUUAUUAACAGUCUUCUCAUCUCUUUCGCAGUUUCUCAAUUGAACAGGGCCCCUACGACAGAUGUUAUAGAUGUAAGUUUCUGUGUCCCGCAUUUUGGAAAAAUAACAAUCCUAUUGAAGAAAAUUCUUGGAAGUGCAGAAACAAAGACGAUAGCGCAAAUUAACAAAGAGAUAGAUAUGGUUAGUGUAAUGUAUUCGAAUUGCUAAGUCACGUCGAAAAACUCAAGUCACGUCAAAGAACUGAAUUGAAUUUCCACGUGAUCUUUCAUCGUUUCUUCAGCAUACGAAAAAAAGUUGCCGCAUACUGUGAUUCAUGGAAAGUCGAGAAGUUUUUCUCUACAGUAAUUCCACGUGAAAUCCCGGCCGCGACUUUUUUCCUAUUUAGCUCUGGAUUCACGUGGAGAGCGGUAGAGCUCGAUUGCCAGAUUUUAGCGGCUGCAAUAUUAUAGGGGCACCGCACAGAAAUGGCGCUCUGUUGAGAUUCUCCUUUUGCAAUGCAAAUUGAGCGACCUCGGUAGCCGAGUUUGAAAAGGUAGGCCACGUUUUCAGUGGAAAAUUACUUCGCGGCCUAGAAAUUCGGCCAGAUUGCGAACAGCGCACCCUGCGCCCCGUCCGGCGCCCCUGUAAUAAAAAACUCGCUUCCCGAGAAUACUGUAAUCGAAGAACUUUAAAGCUACUUUAUCACGAUUAUCUUGCAGUUGGUAGAUAAGUUGGACGAGACCACGAAACAAGAGCACAAAGCUUGGAAAUUGAAAGUAGAACAAGACGAACGCGAAAGAAAAUUGAGAAUAUUUGUUCGAUUUAGCUACAAUUAUCAAGAUGACUUUUGUAAUUUCAGAAAGUUCUCCCGAGACUUUCAACUCGAACGCAGCAAAAACUCAUCCGUAUCGUGAUGACUCAACAGAAUCAGACACUAUCAAUUGGGGAGAAAGAGCGUAUUUUGAGACACAUUUCUAUGUCUAUGGACGGAACAAUCAAAACAGAGCUAGCAAGAUUUCUGAGCGACAAGGAUUUAUUUUCUCUUAUUUAUUAG